GGCCCCCUUCCUUCUUCUCCUCCGCAUCCUGAACACGCGGGCGAUCGUGAGCAUCCCAGCCUCUCCCCAGCUCUCCGCUGGACCCAUUGGACCCCUUGGAUUUUUUGACGCCUCGCAUAUCCCCACCAGCCUCCGUAGCCGUUUUGGCACACGCGCCCGCGGCCGCACCCCCCUCACGCCGGCCGCUGCCCUCCCUCAAGCAACAGCCCGCUCCUGGCAAUACCAGCAUCGGGGCCCUGACCUGGCAUCGCUCGGACGUGUGCAUUUUUUUCUCGGAAAUGGACGUCCGAGCGAUGCCCAGCUGAGCACCGAGACGCCGCAGCGAUGAUCGACGCCUUCUACAUCUUCACGAAGGGCGGCCUCCUCCUGUGGUCCUCCCAGCUGGUGAAGGUGGCGGGCAACCCGCUGGACCGCCUCAUCCGGGAGGUGCUGCUGGAGGAUCGGCGGAUGGGCGAGUCGCAGCACCAGUGCGAUUCGUACAAGAUGUCGUGGAAGCUGGAGAACACGCUGGACCUGUUCUUCGUGGUCGUCUACCAGUCCAUACUGCCCAUCACCUACCUGGAGGGUCUGCUGACCUCGGCGUCCAAGGAGUUCAUCAAGACAGUCGAUGAGACCAUGGGCGGGUUCGGUAACGGACUCCAGGUGAAGCACGUGCCGUUCGACGCGCAGUUCCGAAGGAUCAGGGAGAAGGUGGACAAGGAGCAGCAGGCGCUGCGAAAGAAGGGCACUGCGAUGCGGAGCUUCUCCGACACGAAGAAGGGCCAGGAGGUCGCCAAGGUCAGGGAGGAGAAGGGGCUCAGCGCCGGCGCUCCCAAGAAGAAAACCAAGGGCGGCAACGACGAGGACGACGACGAGGACGACGGGGACAACGAAGAUGCUGCGGGCUCGGGGCCGAGGCCUCAGGCCAAAGCCAAGGGCGUGCCAGCUUUCAAGAAGAAGGAUGCCGCCGCCGACGUGGACCCCGAGAAGCCAAAGAAGGGCAAAGAGGCGCGAAAGUGGUCCGACUCCAAGGUCACCAAGGAGUCGAUGGACUCCCUGGAUUUCUCAAAGAACAAAGACAUGAAGGAGUCGGCAGAAGCCGAUCGCAUGAAGGCCGAAUUCAUCGGUGACGGCGAGGACGAUUUCAUGAAUGAGGAUGACAUCGAAUCUCUCGAUGACGGGUCCGACGACGGAGAGGACGCUGCUGAGGCCAACGGCAAGGACAGUGGCAAGCCUGCUGGCCGCAUGGACGGUCUGUUCAAGUCGCUCACACGCAGCGUGAAGAACGUUACCGGCGGGGCCGUGCUUAGUGAGGAGGAUUUGGCGCCCGUUCUCCACCAGUUCAAGAGCGACCUCAUGAGCAAGAACGUCGCCGCGGAAGUGUCGAACAAGCUGGCGGACUCGGUGCGAACUGCGAUCGUGGGCAAAAAGACGGAGCGGUUCACCUCUAUUGCGAAGACGGUGAAGGAGGCGCUCAAAGAGUCCAUCGAGACGUUGCUGACACCGAAGAAGUCGGUCGACGUAUUGCGAGCGGCGAUGGCGGCCAAGAACGCGGGGCGUGUCUACGUCAUCGUUUUCCUGGGCGUCAACGGCGUUGGGAAGUCCACCAACUUGGCCAAGGUAGCCUACUACCUUAAGAACAAAGGUGGAUUGGAUGUUCUCAUCUGCGCUUGCGACACGUUCCGCGCGGGCGCCGUGGAGCAGCUCAAGACACAUGCCCGUUGCCUUGACGUGCCCCUGUUCGAACGAGGCUACGGCAAGGAUCCCGCUGAGAUCGCGAAGAGCGCGAUCCAACACGCGAGGAACAACGGCCACGAAGUGGUGCUGGUCGACACGGCGGGCAGGAUGCAGGACAACGAGCCGUUGAUGAGGGCACUUGCGAAGCUAGUCGCCAUCAACAAUCCGGACCUGGUGCUGUUUGUCGGCGAGGCCCUCGUCGGCAAUGACGCAAUUGACCAGGUUUCCAAGUUCAACCGGUCGCUGAUCGACAUGUCCGAGAGCCGCAGGGGAAUCGAUGGCAUGCUGCUGACGAAGUACGACACCGUCGAUGACAAGGUCGGCGCGGCCUUGUCCAUGGUCUACGUGACAGGGCAGCCCGUCGUCUUCGUUGGCACGGGCCAGAAGUACACGCAUCUGCGAAAGAUGCAGGCCAAGGAGGUGGCGCGCACCCUGCUCGGGUGAGCCGCUGUGGGCCUGCCAAGCCGGGCGCCCGCACGGUUUUGUUGUGUUUUCUCCGUAUGUUUCCUGUUGCCCUGCCGCCUCGCGACGCGGCGGCGGGCGUCCUCGGCGGCGAGGGCAUCGCAGCUUCCGCGCUCCAGAAAUUAGCCUGGCGAAGGACCCAACCGAAACGUUGCACUGGGUGGGGGAGACGCAUGCGAAGUUUGCCGUGG